AUGGCGUUCCAAGGACAGCAUCCUCCUGCACAAGGAGGCUAUUACCCUCCUCCGCCUGGACCGGGAGGAUAUCAACAGCCACCACCACCGCCCCAGCAGCAGCAGCAGCAGCAGCAACCAUAUAGCUACCCUCCUCCGCCUCAAAAUGGUGGUGCUCAUUUCCCACCGCCCCCAAAUGCCGGGUCUCCUCCUCCAGUAGCCCAAACUCCUCCCAUUCAAUCACCCCCUCCUCCUGCGAAGGUCGAGAAUGUGCCUGGGGCUCCACCCCCAGGGCAGUUUGUUGGAGCUCAGCCUACCACUGCAGACGAUGUUGGUACAUUCAAUGGCGGGAGCUAUCGCAUUAGUCACCGAGACACCAACUCGGUUCUCACUGUCCAGUUGGCAAUGGGAUGCCCGUUGACUGCGAAACCAGGCGCCAUGAUUGCCAUGUCCCCUUCUGUUUCCCUGAAAGGCUCCAUCAAAUUCUCUAUGAAAAAGAUGCUUGCCGGUGGUGAAAUGUCCUCGUCAACGUUCACGGGACCUGGUGAACUACUACUGGCCCCUUCAAUGCUGGGCGAUAUCUCUAUCCUGAAGCUCAACGGACAGGAGCAAUGGUCGGUCGGCAAAGAUGCCUUCCUUGCAUGCACUCAAGGAGUAGUCAAGGAUUAUAAAAAUCAGGGCCUUAGCAAGGCAUUUUUUUCAGGAGAAGGCCUGUUUGUCUAUAAGAUAAGCGGAACAGGAAUUCUCUUUGUCCAAAGUUUUGGUGCAAUUAUAAGAAAAGAUUUGGCCGAUGGGGAGAAGUACAUUGUUGACAACGGCCAUCUUGUAUCGUGGAAUUGCAAGUAUGUCAUGGAACGCGUCGCUUCGGGUGGGGUGUUGUCCAAUCUUAGCUCCGGUGAAGGCCUCGUUUGCAAGUUCACCGGCCCCGGAACGAUCUACCUGCAGACAAGAAACCCUUCUGCCUUUGCAUCUUGGAUUGUUGCUAACGGAGCUGGUGGUGGUGGCGGUGCUUGA